UCGGUGUUGAUAUCCGGUGCUGUUGACGUUGUUGGCAGCGAAUUAUAAUUUCACUGACGUCGAUUGCUUGACGUCUUUCACAUCCAUUUCUCCCCUCCUCCAGCUCGAACAUCCCCCCAAACUACCCCGACCCUACCUCCGAUCGUCCCGUCACAAUGGCCUCCGAAGUGUCCGAUGUCAAUGUUAACGGCGGUGCCAAGUCUCGGGCAGCCAUGCUAGAAGAGCAACACGCCCGUGACGAGGCGCACAAGGUUACCGUGGAAGAUGUCGUCGAUGAGGAGGACCUUCAGCACCCCCCUCCCUCUUCAUCGCUCAAUGGUGAAGAGUCCAGCGCUCCGUCGCAGACCCCGGCCCCAGCCGCGACCCCGGUUCCCGCAGCCCCCAAGCCCGCUAAGAAGGCCCCUGCCUUCGAUGUGCAGUCGGAGGAGCUGUUCCCUGCUCUUGGAAGUGGUCCGAAGCCCAAGGCCCCAGCCGCCUCUGCUUGGGGGGCUAGAGGUUCUUCGGCUGCUGCCGUUGCCAACGGUGCUGCCAGCGGCGCGCCCGCAGCAGCCCCUGGCGGUUUCGGUUCUGAAGUUCCCAGGAUCAUCAGCUUGCCCGGAAAGCACAUGGAACAGCUCCGCUUGGCACCUUCCCAGAUGCUCCCGCGAGGCCAACUCAAAAAGCCUCUCCGGGAUAUCCUGCGCGAUAUCUCCAAACGGUCCAAGGCCAAUGUUGACAUGCGCGGUGGACCGGGUGGCUCCAUAAUCUUUGAGGGUAAAGGCUCUGUGGAUGCGGUCAGGCAGGCCCUGAAGGAGGUCGCGCAGCAGGUCGGAUCCAAGCAAUCUGUCCGCGUUCCGAUCCCUACAUCUGCCCGGCCUCACAUCAUCGGACGGCAAGGAGCCGUUGUCCAGGACAUCCAGCAGCGGACAGGAGCACGUGUGCAGGUUCCCCGCGCAGAGGAGUCUACAGCUGGAGAGGAUGAUGACGACAGCGAUACCAUCGAUGUCUUGAUUGAGGGUGAUGCUGUCGCAGCGGAGAUGGCCCGUCGGGAGAUCGAGGCUAUCGUCAAGGAGCGUGCUUCCAACAUGAGUCUGCGUCUCAAGUCUAUCCCGCCCGAAUUUUUCCCUUUCAUCGCCGGUGCUUACAAUGCCAACUUGAAAGAAAUCGAGGAGCGCACUAAGGCUCAAGUGCAUGUGCCGCGGUACGAUACCUGGCAGAGCCAACCUCCGCCUCUGGAGGCUGAUCCUGGUCACGUUCAGUUCGUACCAGUCCCUGACAAGCACAUCCAUGUCUCUGGUGAGCGCGCUGCGGCCCAGGAAGCUCGUGCGGAAAUCGAGAGACUUGCCGCCGACCUGCAGCGCCAGCUCGCCCUCCGCCAGCUCGCCAUUAACCGUGGCCAGCAUCAAUUCAUCCUUGGCGACAACGCCGACGCUUUGCACGAAUUCCUUGCUGAUACCGGCUGUGCCAUCGUAUUGCCCCCUGCCUCUGAUGAAAGCGAAUUCCUUACCAUUACUGGCCCUCUUGAUUGUAUCGAGAAUGGUAUCAACCGGGCAAUGGACCUUGCAACCAGCAUGCAAAUGGCAAGCAUUGACCUGUCCCGCCAGCACCCCACUGCUCCCAUGGGCCCCCAUGCCCAUGCUCGCGCCCUUACCCAAUACCUCAGACAGCGCCAGAUCAUCAAGGAGCUGGAGAGCAUGUACGAUGCUCGGAUCGCCCUUCCUCCCAGCUCUGACGGCCCAGUGACAUGGGAGGUCUACUCCAGGGAUGGCAAAAACACGAUUCGCGCGCGCUCCGAUAUCAUGAACCUGGUUCAGGCUCACCCUCCGGCGAGACUCCGUAACGUUGCGGUUGAUCCUUACUUCCACCCAUACCUGCGUUCUCGGAGCAUUGCCAAGUUGCGCAGUGACUAUGGCGUUCAUCUUCUUGUGCCUGAUGAGCUUGAUAGCUCUGAUGUCGUCCUUGUGUACGAGGGCCCCUCGGCUUCUGCUGCUCAGUUUGAGAUCCCCCGCCAGAGACCCUCUCCCACUGAUCUCGCUACCUUCGAGAAGGCUCUCCAAGAAGCCCAGGACUAUCUUUUGAACACUCUUGGCGACCAAAACGAUGUUGUGGCGAAGUCUGUGAGCGUCCCAAGCAAGUACCAGGAGAAGGUACGCAAGUUCAUCUCCCGCGAACAGCAAGCCAAGGGUGAGGACGAGAUCCCUGUCCGCGCUCUUAUCGGGGAUGGACGUACCCGUAACGAGUCCGAGGUCGCACUUCGUGGGCCCUCCCGCCUCGUCGACGACCUUGUUUCGAAACUCCAGGCGUUUGUUGUGGAGCAGGAGCAGGAUGACCUCGAAAGAGGAUACACGACAACCUUCGACUUCCCCCAGAAGUUCGCUAACUUCUUGAUCGGCAAGCGGGGAGAGAAUAUCAACAAGCUCCGGGAUGAGUUUGAUGUCGACAUCAAGGUCGAAGCCGGCAAGGUUGAGGUCAAGGGACCCAAGGCCAAGGCCGAUGCCGCUAAGCUUAGAAUCAUCAACCUGGGCAAGAAGCUGGAAGACGAGACCACCCAUAUCUUGAAGAUCCCUGCCCAGUACCACCGGGAAUUGAUCGGACAGAAGGGAAGCCAGGUCAACAGACUCCAAGACCGUUAUUCUGUUCGUGUUCAGUUCCCCAGGGCUGCGGUGGCGGCCACCAUCAACGAUGAUCAGUCGGUCGCUGAAAACUCCAGCGACGCGGGUGGCUCUCGCCCCAACCGCCCGCAGCAGGCUCUGGAUGAGGUUAUUGUCAAGGGUCCCAGCAAGGGUGCUGAUUCUGCGCGAGAUGAGAUCCUUAGCUUGCUCCAGUGGGUCAUUGACCACUCCUAUGCGGCUUCAGUUUCCGUCGCCCAAGCUCAGAUCCCGUCCUUGAUCGGCCAGCGCGGGCGCGAAAUGGACAAGCUCCGCGCGGAUACCGGUGCCCAGAUCGACGUUCCUGGAGUCAACGAUGCUCCGGAUGACUCGGGCCGUGUGCAGAUCAAGAUUAGAGGCACAAAACAGCAGGUUGAGGAGGCAAAGAAGAUCCUGCUGCAGCGGUCUAGUGAAUUCGACUCGAUUGUCACAAAGACAAUUGACGUGGACAAGAAGUACCAUAAGUCGCUUAUCGGCAGCGGUGGCGCGAACAUUCGCAAGAUUGUCGCCGAGGCCGGUGGCCCUACCGAUGGCAGCGCCUCCCGAAUGGUCAAGUUCCCGCGCCCGGAGAGCCCUGACUCCACUAUUAAGCUUGAAGGAAAUGGCCAGGUGGUCGACAAGAUCGUUGCUGCGAUCCAGGACUUCGUCAAGGAGCGUGAGGAUCAAGUGUCCGUGACCGUUGAGGUUCCUCCUUCUCAACAUCGUCUGCUCAUUGGUCGUGGAGGUGAGACCCGCCGUGGCAUCGAGUCGAAAUUUAACAUCACCCUUGAUAUCCCUAAGCAGGGCUCUGGACGCUCUGAUAUCAAGCUGAAGGGCCCGACCACCGCUGUUGCGGAUGCUAAAGAGCACAUCCAGUCUAUGCUUAAGGACCAGCAGGGUGAGACCGUGGAAGUUCCCCGGAAUUUGCACCAUGUGAUUGCGGACAAUGGCUCUUUCUUCCGUCGCCUUCGCAACGACUACCGCGUGACUGUGGAUCAUGCUGGCCAGCAAGUGCCGCCCAAGCCCGCUUCCGAAGACUCCCGCGCUGCCGUCAACGGUGCCUCUUCUCUCCCCUUGAUCACGGAUGAGCCUAGCGACGCCGUCGAGGCUCACUCGUGGAAGAUUGUUGACAACAGCCCCGCAGCUGUUGACCCCUCCGAGCCUGCGACCAUCCCGUGGGUUCUGGCGGGAACCAGUGACAAUGUGGCCAAGGCCAAGGCGGCCUUGGAGAAGGCCAUUGCCAAUGCAUCCCAGCAGUCAGCUACUGGCUACCUCAUCCUGCCCGACCCGAAGACUUACCGCUUCGUUGUCGGACAGGGAGGCAGCCAAAUCAACGCUAUCCGCAAGCAGACUGGCUGCCGGAUCAACGUGCCCAAGGACCAAGCCAAGGGCGAGGCGAUUGAGAUCAAGGGAAGCAAGGAAGGCUUGGAAGAAGCCAAGGAUAUGAUCCUGGAUGCUGUCCGCGCUGGAUUGAGCGGCAACUCCCGGUCAUAGGAGUCAACUUGAUUGGUGUCAUGUACGGCUGUUGGCAUAAAGAGUCUGGCGGCCGAUAUUUUCCUUCUAUUUUUGUCUAAUGUUCUCCCAAAAGAAGACUGUGUUGUACAUCUACUCGCAUGAGAGGCAGUUGGGUUUGCAUCUGCCUUGAACAUUUUGUGAUUAGGCCUCACUCCCCUUAUAAAUAUAAAUGCAUCUACAUGAUUUCAACGACUCUAGG